UCAAAUAUUUCCAUUAUAAGCUGCGACGAGGGCGGAGGUGCUAUUAUGCCGGCGUCAUUGCGCGCGUUCCACGGUUUGCCCCCGGGUCUAUUGGAUACGAUGACAUGCCUAGGAAGUGGAAGUGCUUCAUGAAAAUCAUGUGGCAACGUGUACGGCUUAACCACAUCAUUCACUGCGAUCAAGAACCCACUUGCCUCUUGUUGUCCCUGGACAUGGAUUAAUACUGCAUGCUAGGUGCGCCAUGAUAUCAUUAACAUGUUCUUCUGGCUCCCGCCCGUCAGCCGCAUGUUGCGGCUCACCGGGACUAGCGUACGGCUCCUGCACCCGCCGACGCGCAUGCAAACCUUGGAUGAGGCGCUGCCACCGUUUCGUGCUCCCGUUCCUUCGUGCGUCGCUCCUCUGCCUCUUGCUCGGCUUCCUGGUACACCUAUGGUAGAUAGAAAUGCUAUCGAUAUGCGCAAAAUUGGCCAUAUGAGGGCGAAUAUACUCCAAGGAUGGCCUACUCGCUCUCAGCGGUAACGACGGUGCUAGUGAUGACUAGGAAUAGUGACUAAGCAACGUUUCUUGAACUCAAACUCUGUCUGUGCGCAUGGAGGUAAUGCAUACAAGCGGAUGAGGUACUUUUCCCUGAGCAGCUUACGUCAGCAAU